CAGAUGGAGCGGUUACCCAAUGUGAACCUGGUUCGGUGUAGCCGGCUCCCGGAGGCCGGGCUUCAGUCCCUGUCGGCUGCUGCCUCCGUGUGAAUGCCGGAGAGACGGCCGGUUUUUACCGUCAGGAUGUUGUGUAAAGGGCUGCCGGCCGGGCCCGCCUUGCUGCUGGUAUCUGCUGUGGUGAAGAUUAGUUGGAGUAGGACAGCUCCUGUGUUAAGUGAUGAUGUCCCGUUCAGGAUAACAUGGCCCGGGGCCGAGUUCACGCUGCCAACCACAGGAGGCCUGUAUAAACCUGAUGACUACAUAAUUAUCACUACAGUGCAUAAUGAAAGGUACAAAUGUAUGUUGCCUUCAGUUGGGAGUGAAGACCAGGAUGAAGAGCACGAUUACAAAGGACAUGGGCCUGGUGAGCUAUUGGAACCACUCUUCAAACAGAGCAGUUGCUCUUACAGGAUUGAGUCUUACUGGACAUACGAAGUGUGUCAUGGAAAACAUAUUCGCCAAUACCAUGAGGAAAAGGAAACUGGUCAGCAGAAAGUUAAUAUUCAAGAAUAUUAUCUUGGUACCAUGAGAACACCAGCUGAUUCUGAAACCAAAGAUUCUAUUCCCGAACACUCAGAAGAAUCUGGAAGUGAGAAAUUGAAAGUUCACACCAAAAACAUAGAAGGACAAAUCACUCCUUAUUACCCAGUGGUAAUGGGAAAUGGUACACCUUGCAGCUUAAAACAGAACAAGCCAAGAGUCACCACUGUGAUGUAUGUCUGCCACCCUGAAGCCAAACAUGAGAUCCUCUCAGUUGCUGAAGUCACCACCUGUGAAUAUGAACUAGUAAUCUUGACACCACUAUUGUGCAGCCAUCCUAAAUACAGAUUUAAAUCCUCCCCAGUUAAUGACAUAUUUUGUCAGUCAGUACACGGCUCACCAUUAAGGCCUAAAAGUCUUGAACAGUUAGAAAAACAGCAAGAGGAUCUGCUGAAACCACCUUUCACUACCCAGAGAGCCCAAGAGGAACUUGACACAACAACCACAAGUGAUGAAAAGUUUGUAUCCCACAAGUCGAUCAGUGUUGGAGGACAGCAGCCAGUUGUUGUAGGAACUACUCACAUCUCAAAACUGACUGAUGAACAGCUUAUUCAGGAAUUUCUAAGUGGCUCCUAUUGCUUCCAUGGGGGUGUGGGAUGGUGGAAAUAUGAAUUCUGCUAUGGUAAGCAUGUGCAGCAAUACCAUGAGGAUAAAGGAGCUGGAAAAAGCAUCAUAGUGGUUGGUACCUGGAAUAAAGAAGAACAUGUCACGUGGGCUGCAAAAAAUUCAGCACGGUCUUAUCAAUGGAGAGAAGAUGGAACACAGAAAGUGAGAGUUGUUUCACAUUUUUAUGGAAAUGGUGAUCUUUGUGAUUUGACAGGAAAGCCACGACAAGUGGUUGUAAAAUUGAAAUGUAAGGAAUCAGAGUCUCCUCAUGCAGUUACAAUCUACAUGCUUGAGCCGCAAACCUGCCAAUAUAUUUUGGGGGUGGAAUCACCGAUAAUUUGUAAAAUUCUGGACACAGCUGAUGAAAAUGGAUUACUUUCCGUACCCAGCUAAAACAACAGCACAGACUAGAUUUCUGUUGGAAGAACAAGAUUUAAUGUGCUAAUUAUGAGGGAAUGAAUACAGAUGUAGUGUGGAAACUCCAUUAUCAGCAUUUAUCUUGUAUCUAUUUCUUUUAAAAUGGACAUUUAAAAAUAAGUAUUUGAUAUUUUCGUAAUAAGACAGUGGAGUGAGUUAUUUCACUGCAAUGAGUGCUUGUAAAUAUAUUGUAUAAAAAAUGUAGACUGCGUUGGGAUAUCUUUGAAUUUGUAUAAUGAUUUAAAUGCUACUUGAAACUUGUACAUCUGAUGUGCUAAGUGUAAUUUUACCAAGAUGUAAAUUUUAAAUUUAAACUAUUUUACAGAUCUUUAUUACAAGAGUCAUCUUUUUUGUUAAAUUCCUAAGUAUUCAAAUUUCAUAGGCUAUCAAAGAGCAUUUAUAGACUGCACCUCAACAAUUGGAACUCCUGGAUUGUUUUUGAACAUUAUGUUGUAUUUCUUAUUUUUAUUUUCCAUUGAGGUUUUGUAACAUUUUUGAAAAGUAUUAUGACUUCUGAAUCCAGAUGUCUUAAAUGUACCUUCUGCUUAAUUGGAAUAAGCAAAUGUUGUGGCUAAAUUGAAUAAAUUCUUUUCAGACUAGAA